ACCAAAAAUCAACACAAAGUCUCUCUUCUCUAGUCAUUACACUCUUUUCUUUCUUUCUCACUUUCUGCCACCACAAAAUGCCUCCAACUGAAGCUCUGAACCACAACCCCAACACCACCAUGAAGCCAUUCAACGUCCAAACCACCAAGCCUCCUCCCUCCAACGGCCACGUGGCGCCCCCUCCGGAGCACGCGCCGCCGCCCACCACCGCCAAAUCCGCGCUCUACGCCUACCGCAAGAUGAUCCUCGUGGCCUCCAUCGCAAUUGGACUCCAAUUCGGCUGGGCUUUACAGCUGUCAUUACUCACACCAUACGUCCAGCUCCUCGGGAUUCCCCACAAGUACGCCGCCCUCGUCUGGCUCUGUGGGCCCAUCUCCGGGAUGAUCGUCCAGCCCCUCGUCGGCUACUACAGCGACCGCUGCACCUCCCGCUUCGGCCGCCGCCGCCCCUUCAUCGCCGGCGGCACCGUCUUCAUCCUCAUCUCCGUCUUCCUCAUCGGAUACGCCGCCGACAUCGGCCACGCUGCCGGCGACGACCUCUCCCGCCCGGCCAAGCCCCGCGCCAUCACCGUCUUCGUCGUAGGGUUCUGGAUCCUCGACGUCGCCAACAACAUGCUCAUGGGCCCCUGCCGCGCCCUGCUCGCCGAUUUGUCCGGGAGCAGCCAGAAGAAGACACGUGUCGCCAACUCCUUCUUCUCCUUCUUCCUCGCCGUCGGCAACGUCCUCGGGUACGCCGCCGGGAGCUACAGCCGACUCUACAAGAUUUUCCCCUUUACUAAGUCCGAAGCCUGCGACGUCUACUGCGCCAAUUUGAAAUCCUGCUUCUUCAUCUCCAUCACGCUUUUAAUCUUUUUCGCUACCAUCGCUCUCUAUUACGUCACCGAGCGGCCGAUUUCCUCGGACGGGAAGUUUCUGGGCCCCGCGGAUGAAGACGAGGAGGAGGAUGAAAUUGAGGAGAAGUCGGCGGCGGUGGUGAGAUCGACGACGUGUGGAGGGGUGCCGUUCUUCGGGGAAUUAUUCGGUGCGGUGACGACCAUGAAGAGGCCGAUGAUCGUGCUCCUGAUGGUGACUGCUCUCAACUGGAUCGGCUGGUUCCCGUUCUUCCUCUACGACACCGACUUUAUGGGCCGCGAGGUGUACGGCGGGACCUCCAACGGCGGGACGGCGGCGGAGGUCAAGAUGUACUCCAGGGGAGUUCGGGCUGGAGCGAUGGGGCUGCUGCUCAACUCCGUCGUCCUCGGGUUCACUUCCCUCGGGAUCGAGAUGCUCAGCCGGUGGGCCGGCGGCGCCAAGCGGCUGUGGGGGAUCGUCAAUUUCAUUCUCGCGAUCUGCUUGGGGCUGACCGUGUUGGUCAGCAAGCUCGCCGAUUCCAGCCGGCAGUUCGCCGACGACGGCGCGCUGCUGGCGCCGACGGGCGGGGUUCAGGCCGCGGCGCUGCUGCUGUUUGCGGUUUUGGGUAUUCCUCUGGCGGUGACUUUUAGUGUUCCUUUUGCUUUGACAUCAAUAUUCUCCAAUGAAACUGGCGCAGGACAAGGACUUUCAAUGGGAGUAUUGAAUCUUUCCGUAGUCAUCCCUCAGAUGAUGGUAUCCUUACUGAGUGGACCAUGGGACUCUCUAUUCGGGGGAGGCAACUUGCCGGCGUUUGUGGUCGGAGCAAUCGCGGCGGCCUGCAGCGGGAUAUUGGCGCUAACUUUACUCCCAUCUCCGCCGCCUGAAGCGGUCGGGAAGGUCGCCGCCGGGGGCUUCCAUUGAUGACCCUAGCUAUAAGUUAUAACCAUCGUUAUAUUUUAUUACUUUUUUAUUAUUUAAUUCCCACGUAAUGAGCUAGAGCCUAGAAGUGCCCUUUCUGUAUUCUGGCAGCUUCAUCUCGAUCUUUCUUUCUUCCUUCCUUCCUUCCUUACCCACCAACACUACCGAUCAUAUUGUACUUUUUCCCUUUUUGCCCCAUCAACUUUUCCUGAUUUUCCUUUUAAGCACGUUCUCCCAACAUGCGGGGGAGGAAGAAGGCUAAAACCGGCAUCCCUUAGUUGGUCGUUUCUCGUCGGCGGUUCGUCGUCGUCGUCGUCAUCAUGAAUAAGUUGUGUACAAGUCGUCGUAGUGGCUAAGUACGUAUGAUGCACCAUCAGCGGCGGCCAUGGAUUGAGAACUGGCCCGCGCAUGUGGAAUAUUGUAUUAUUGUUGCGCUGUAUAUUUUGUAUUCGUGUUAUGAUGAUUGGAAGUAAUAUAUGAAAAGAGUUGCA